AAGGUGUUGUAUAAUUACACAAAGAGGAGUGUCCUAUAGUGUACUAGCUGCGCCUCGGAGCUUCGCUCUCGUAGGAAUUUCGGGAUAAAAUAUACCCUAUGUGUUAUGCCAGGUACCGUUCUAUCCGUGUACCAAAUUUCAUAACAAUCAGUUUUAUAGAUUUUGUGUGAAAAAGAACAAACAUACACACAUACAUCCUCAUAAAUUUUCGCCCUUACAAUAUUAGUAGGAAGUAGGAUUAUACGAAAAGAAGUGUAGAGUAAGAUUAACCGUGAUGAUGAAGUUUGAUAGCAAUUUACAGUAAUAUAAUUAUAAUAUUACUGUAAAUUGCUAUCAAAUAUCAUUACUAUAAUACCUACUAGUCAUUUUUUAUAAACCAAUACAAAUCUCGAUGGCUUCGUUCGUAUUAAUACUUAUAUAUAAAUAAAUACAAUAUGUAUUGAUAAUUUACACAUUUUUAUUUAUAUGUUUUUCACUUAAAUGUUGAAAAUUAGGGUUCGGGUCAUUAUUGGGGUUAUGAUUUUUCUAGGAUACUUUCUCAUAUACAACGCACGAUAUAAUCUAAGUGUUCAUAUUGUGGAUUUAGUCCAGUUGACAAAAAGAGAGGAAGAUGGUGUUUAUAAUGACUCUAAUAUCCUAAGAACAGCGGAGAAAAAUGCUCACGUCAUGGAAUUGCUGUACUGGAGUGACAUGAAAGUGGCAAAGUUGUUUUCCGCUUACCACAUCGGAUAUUUUAUUUGCUUUCCUAUAUUUCAUAACUGGGGAGACAGGAUUGGACCCACGUGGGUGGUAGGGAUCGCCGGCAUGACAUCAGGGACCAUGACCUGCCUCACUCCUAUGGCAGCAUAUUUCAGUUUUUGGUCCGUAUUUUUUCUGCGAAUAAUAACUGGAUUUUGCGCGGGUGCCAUGCAGCCCAGCAUGGUGCAGGUAUUAAGAGACUGGGUCCCUCCAAUAGAAAGGAACCAUUUCAUGUGGGCUUAUUGCGGAAUUACAAUGGGCACCUUUUGCACCUUUCUGAUCUGUGCCGGCGUGCACUACUACUCUCACUGGCCUGUGGGUUUCUACAUCAUCGGCGGCAUGCAGCUCACUUGGUCUGCAGUCUGGAUCAGCAUCGUCGCGGACUGCCCACAAAGACAUCCUUUUAUCUCGAAAGAAGAGCUGACAUACUUAAGAAGCACUAUUGGAUGUAUUUUUCCUAUAAAAUUGGCUAACGCUCACACGCCUUGGAAGUCGAUUGUAAGAUCUGUGCCGUUCUGGGCUCUGUGCACGUUGAAUUUCGGAUAUGCUUGGAUCAUUAUAGCGCUUUGUCUUCACGGACCAUUCUACUACUCGAAAGUUGUUGGCUACAACAUUUAUCAGGCUGCAGUUUUAACGGCCCUACCAUUUCUCUUGCGUUUUAUUCUGGGGACUAUCGUUAUACAGGUUUACCACUGGUACAAGUACAAUACAGAAAUAAAGAGAAUAAAACAUAUGAGAAAAUAUUUCGUAAUCGUGUCGCAUGUGAUACCAGGGAUAAUAAUAGCCAUUUGUUGGUUGCUACCCGUGGUGCCUGGACCCGUGUUGUUAACUAUAGCAAUAGCUUUAACUGCAGCUGGCAUGGACAUCACCCUAGACCUUUGUUAUGACCUAACUCCUACGUUUGUCAAUUCUAUCAACACGGUUAUUAAAAUAAUUGGCAACACAUCUGGAAUUAUUGUUUCUCUAGGUGUCGGGGACAUCAUCAACAAAUAUAAAAACACACUUAAAACGUGGAAGGACAUUUGGUGCUUUCAUGCCAUGGUUUUGCUUGCAAGUGGAGUAGUGUUCCUGAUAUGGGGAAAUACUCAUGUUCAGCCUUGGAAUUCUUUAAGAGUGAGACGGCCUGUACUCCAACGAGUCCAACCAAAGGUUUCUAUCAUGUCGAAUAUUAUAGAGGUCGAAGAGGAGGAAUCUGCGUAAGCAUGUUUAACAUAACUUUGAGUUUCGCAACACUUUGUUUGUAGGUAGGUACCUAUUAGACAAAAGCGUGAUCCCGGCACACUGGGCAUAUUUAAAAAUCGGUUGCAUUCGGCUCAGCCCAAAAUAAAAUACAAAACACCCCUGAAAUGAUGGGUUUCUUCUCUUGAACUUUUAAUUAUUAACUAGGUAAAUAAAUUUAGUGAAAAAUAAGUAAUACACCUAUCUAUAACAUGCUUACAUAACGAAUGGUAUACUAUUAGUAAUUAAAAGAUAUUUUUGGUUCA